CCAUAAAUAGCAUCUCUCUUUAGAAAACAUGUUCAGAAAUCAGAAGACUAAGAGCCAACAAAAAUGGAGGAUAGGAACCAAUCUUACAGAGCCCACGUCUUGGCAAUUCCUUAUCCAACCCAAGGCCACAUAAAUCCCAUGUUGCAAUUUUGCAAGAGGUUAGUCUCCAAAGGCUGCAAAGCCACUCUAGCAAUCACAAAUUUCAUCUCCAAAACCAUGCAGCCAAAAUCAGAAACUGUUCAAAUUGAUACCAUUUCUGAUGGAUUUGAUGAAGGUGGCUUCACUCAAGCAGAGAGCAUCCAUUCAUAUUUAGAACAUCUACAAGAUGCUGGCUUGAAAACUCUGAGGGAACUUCUAAAUAGGCAGAAAAACGCAGGGACUCCUGUUGAUUGCAUAAUCUAUGAUUCUUUCUUGCCUUGGGUUGUGGAUAUUACUCAAGAGUUUGGUCUAGUUUCAGCUGCUUUCUUCACUCAACCUUGUGCUGUUAAUUUUGUAUAUUAUUAUGUAUAUCAUGGGCUUCUGACACUGCCGAUUUCUUCAUGUCCCGUAUCCAUUCCUGGAUUGCCACUUCUUGAUCGCCUGGACAUGCCAGCAUUUAUUGCUUUUGAGGGUACAUAUCCUGCAUAUUUCCAGCUGGUUCUGAGGCAGUUUUUGAACAUAGACAAAGCUGAUUAUGUGCUUGUGAAUACAUUCUACAAGUUGGAAGCCGAGGCCUUGGAUGCCAUGUCAAAAGUUUGUCCAUUACUUACCAUUGGUCCAACCGUUCCAUCGGUAUACUUGGACAACCGAGUUCCAAAUGAUGAAGAAUAUGGGCUCGACCUCUUUGAAUUAGACCCCUCAAUGAGCAUCAAAUGGUUACAUAGCAAGCCUAAGGGUUCUGUUGUUUUCAUAGCAUUUGGUAGUAUGGUCACUUUUGAUGAGAAACAAAUGGAGGAAUUAGCAAUGGGACUGAAACAAAGCAAUUUCUACUUCUUAUGGGUGGUGAGGGCUUGUGAGGAAGCUAAGCUUCCAAGAAACUUUGUGCAAGAAACAAGAGAAAAGGGCUUGUUGGUAAGAUGGAGUCCACAGAUGAAAGUACUAGCCAAUGAGGCAAUUGGAUGCUUUUUCUCACAUGCUGGAUGGAAUUCUAGUAUUGAAGCUUUGAGCAUGGGAGUGCCUAUGGUUGUCAUGCCUCAAUGGACUGAUCAAACUACUAAUGCUAAACUUGUCCAAGAUGUUUGGAAAGUGGGGAAAAGAGUUAAAGUUGAUGAGAAUGGUCUUGUAGGGAGGGAAGAGGUUGAGGGUUGUGUAAGGCAAGUUAUGGAAGGAGAGAGCGGAAAGGAAAUGAAAGACAAUGCUAUUAAAUGGAUGAAUUUGGCUAAGGAGGCAGUCUGUGAGAAUGGGACUUCUGAUAAAUGCAUUGAUGAGUUUUUAUCAAGAUGGAAAGUGUAAAUUUAUGGACUUGUAUCCUCUGAGGACCGAUGGUGAUUCAGUCUCCUCCGGGUUGUUUUUGGGUCUUUUCAGGUCUCCCCUCCCCUUAAUAUAGAGUAAUGUAGGUCUAUCGUGUCAGGCCAUAUAAAAAAAAAAAUCCUCUGAGGACUUAUAAUUUAGAUGAUUCAAUUAGAGGUAGUCAUAGCACUCAUGUUGCACUAUUGCUUAUUUUCAACCUUAAUACAAAAAUAAAUAAAUAAAUAGAUAAAUAAACAUGUUUGCAAGUACUUGUUGAUAA